AUGAGCGAUAACGAGGCAAUUAUAAUGACAACAAUAAUGGCAAUACAAAUGACAACAAAAAUAGCAGUAGCAUUAACAAUAGUAAUAACAAUAGCAUUAACAAUAGCAAUCACAAAAGCAGUAACAAUAGCAGUAACAACAGUAAUGACAAUAGCAAUGACAAUAGCAAUGACAAUAGCAAUGACAAUAGCAAUGACAAUAGCAAUGACAAUAGCAAUGACAAUAGCAAUGACAAUAGCAAUGACAAUAGCAAUGACAAUAGCAAUGACAAUAGCAAUGACAAUAGCAAUGACAAUAGCAAUGACAAUAGCAAUGACAAUAGCAAUGACAAUAGCAAUGACAAUAGCAAUGACAAUAGCAAUGACAAUAGCAAUGACAAUAGCAAUGACAAUAGCAAUGACAAUAGCAAUGACAAUAGCAAUGACAAUAGCAAUGACAAUAGCAAUGACAAUAGCAAUGACAAUAGCAAUGACAAUAGCAAUGACAAUAGCAAUGACAAUAGCAAUGACAAUAGCAAUGACAAUAGCAAUGACAAUAGCAAUGACAAUAGCAAUGACAAUAGCAAUGACAAUAGCAAUGACAAUAGCAAUGACAAUAGCAAUGACAAUAGCAAUGACAAUAGCAAUGACAAUAGCAAACACUAUAGCAAUUACAAUAGCAAUUACAAUAGCAAUGACAAUAUCAAACACUAUAGCAAUGACAAUAGCAAUUACAAUAACAAUGAUAAUAGCAAACACUAUAGCAAUGACAAUAGCAUUAACAAUAGCAAUCACAAAAGCAGUAACAAUAGCAGUAACAACAGUAAUGACAAUAGCAAUGACAAUAGCAAUGACAAUAGCAAUGACAAUAGCAAUGACAAUAGCAAUGACAAUAGCAAUGACAAUAGCAAUGACAAUAGCAAUGACAAUAGCAAUGACAAUAGCAAUGACAACUAUGACAACAGCUAUGACAAUAGCAAUGACAAUAGCAAUGACAAUAGCAAUGACAAUAUCAAUGACAAUAUCAAUUACAAUAGCAAUGACAAUAUCAAUUACAAUAGCAAUGACAAUAGCAAACACUGUAGCAAUUGCAAUAGCAAUGACAAUAGCAAACACUAUAGCAAUGACAAUAGCAAUGACAAUAGCAGUAACAAAGCAGUAUCUAUAG